UACUGGUUGAAACGUUUUCAAAACCCUGGCUGCUGAGCAAAAGCCGUUCUCUCGUCUCCUCGACUCUGUGUUCUUCAUAAAUGCAAACCCUAAAUGAAAUUUAAUUAAUACCCUUUUUCAAGAUCAUUACGCAUAACAAAACCCAUCUCUUAAUUUUUAAUUUUGUUCCCUGUGUUAUUGAUUGAUUGUGUUCAUCUUCAUCGAGAGAUGGUCGCUCCCGUUAGUACGAGUAACAAUAAUAGUAAUACGACGACGCAUACACUGUCUGCUAGAGUGAGAAAAACUAUACAAUCAAUUAAAGAAAUUGUGGGGAAUUUCUCUGAUAAUGAUAUCUAUAUGGCCCUUAAAGAAACUAAUAUGGAUCCUAAUGAAACUACACAAAAAUUGCUUACUCAAGAUCCAUUUCAUGAGGUGAAGAGAAAAAGAGAUAAGAAGAAAGAGCCUCAGAGUAUGGCUUACAGGGGUUCUGUGGAUUCAAGACAAAAUUCUGAGAAUAAAAGCCAAGGAACAAAAUUUCGUACAUUUUCUGAUCGCAGUUCUCGGCAAGGAGGCUACACUCGUGCUUCUGUACCUGGGAAUGCAGGAUUCAAUAAAGAGUUUCGUAUUGUGAGGGACAAUAGAGUUAAUCUUAAUACAACAGAGGUGCCAAAGCCUGCAUCGCAGCAAGGUCCAGUAUCAAAUGAUGAGAAGGGCUUUGUGGUUGCUACUGAAAAGAGCAGCUCAUCAGGAACAUCAGGCAAUGUAAAGCACUCUGGUAUGCGGAGUUCAUCUCAAGCUUCUAAUGGGCCUACUGAUUCACAAUCUAGACAUACUAGAGAUGCCAACCCAUACUUUGCAGACAGGAAAGUAGUAGUUGAGGAAAAGCAGCCUGUUGGGCCCAGUGCAACUUCACGCGUACAUGCAAUGAAACCCAGUUCUCAACAUCAUUCUGCAACACUGGCAUCAAACAAUUCUGUUGUUGGAUUAUAUUCUUCUUCAACGGAUCCUGUUCACGUGCCAUCUCCUGAAUCUAGAUCGUCAGCUGCAGUUGGAGCUAUUAAGCGUGAAGUCGGGGUGGUUGGUGGUCGCAGGCAGUCCUCUGAAAAUUCUGUAAAAAAUUCUUCUGCUUCUAGCAAUUCCGUGUCAAAUGUUAUGAGAAAGGAUGGUUCAUUGCCGGAAUCAUUUCGACCUUUUCUUACAAUUUCCAAGACCGAUCAAGUUAAUCAACCUGCUCCAACUGAAUCUGCUAUACACAAUAUUUCCUCUGCCAGGCCGUUCUUAGGCAAUCAGUAUGGCAGGCCGCAUCAAAAUACUGCAGGUCAUCAGAAAGCUGCUCAGCAUAACAAGGAGUGGAAACCAAAAUCGAGCCAGAAAUCUAGUCUUAGUAGCCCCGGAGUGAUUGGAACGCCGACAAAAUCUAGUUCUCCUCAUUCUGAUAAACUUAAGGACUUGGAAUCGGAUGAAACUGAUAUUCAGGAUAAGCUUUUACGUGUGAACAUUCAUGAAAAUCAGAAUGUGAUCAUAGCCGAACAUAUUAGAGUCCCUGAAACUGAUAGGUGCAGGCUGACGUUUGGCAGUUUUGGGGUAGAGCUCGAUUCUUCCAGGAAUGUUCCAUCCGGGUCUCAAGCAGCUGGAGUUGCAGACGAUCCCAAAGCAGAAUCUUCUGCAAGUUUAUCAUCAUCUGUGCCAGAGUCUUCCGGUGAUGACGCUUCUGGCAGCAAGCAGGUAGAGUUACUUGGUGAACAGGUUAGAAAUUCUGGGUCUGAUUCUCCAGCAUCAGGUGCGAUGUCGGAGAAUCAAUCACCUGAUAAGUCGCCAAGUCCUCCAGAUCUGGACAAUUAUCCUGACAUUGGCGUAGUUCGAAAUAGUAGUCCAUUUGCUCCUUCAGAGUCGCAACAUCAGCACAAUGUUCCUGAAUUACCAAGUUUUUCGCAGACAUAUGAUCCCCAGACCGGCUAUGAUAUGACAUAUUUCAGACCUUCCAUUGAUGAAACUGUACGAGGGCAGGGUCUUCUGUCACAUGAGGCCUUAAACUCUCAUGCUGUCAACAGCAUGCCAACUUCAUCAAUACCCAUGUUACAACAGCAGCAUCAACCACAAAUGGCCCAGAUGUAUCCACAAGUUCAUCUUUCACAUUAUGCCAAUCUUAUGCCAUAUCGUCAGUUCCUUUCUCCACUUUAUGUUCCGCCCAUGGCUAUGCCCGGUUAUUCAAGCAAUCCUGCAUAUGCACAUCCGUCAAAUGGCAGCAGUUACGUGCUGAUGCCUGGAGGUAGUUCCCAUAUUAGUGCAAAUGGCCUCAAGUAUGGAAUCCAGCAGUUUAAGCCAGUUCCUGGCAGCAAUCCAUCUGGGUUUGGAAAUUUCAGUAGUCCAAGUGGGUAUGCCAUCAAUGCUCCUGGUGUUGUUGGAGGUGCAACUGGUCUUGAAGAUUCAUCUCGGAUGAAGUAUAAAGAUGGGAAUCUCUAUGUCACCAAUCCGCAGGCUGAGACAUCUGAAAUUUGGGUUCAGAAUCCCAGGGAGCUUCCGGGUAUGCAAUCCGCUCAAUAUUACAACAUGCCUGGGCAAUCACCUCAUGCUGCUUACAUGGCAUCCCACACUGGCCAUGCUUCCUUCAAUGCAGCUGCUGCGCAAUCUUCACACAUGCAAUUUUCGGGAUUAUAUCCUCCGCCUCCAACUCCCGGCGCAAUAGCAAAUCCACAUCAUUUGGGGCCUGUCAUGGGUGGUAAUGUCGGAGUUGGGGUUGCACCAGGCGCACCUGGGGCUCAGGUUGGUGCCUAUCAGCAGCAGCAAUUGGGUCAUCUCAACUGGACUACAAACUUUUGAAAAGUAAAUGUCAAUCUAACCCCUUACUUGGAAGGGAUUGAAGUAGUUAUAGAAAGCUCUUAGUUUUCUCUAUGAAAUGAGUAACUCACAUAAUCUUUUUUCUAUUCAAUGCAUAUCCAAUGUUUCAAUUUCUUCA